AUGGAUAAAUUUUUUGAUCAAUCUAAUAUAUCUCAAAAUUGUAAAUACUGUUCUAUAACAUAUGCGCUUUCAAUAUCAACUAGAACCUUAAAAGAACAUGUUAAAAAAAAUCACCUAGAAAUUUAUAAACAAAAAACCAAAACUGAAAUUAUCCCUUAUAAUCAGCAAGAACGUCACGAAUAUAAUAAAUACUUAAUUAAGUGGAUAAUUACAAGUUUACAACCAUUUUCAGUAACGGAGGAGGAAUCAUUUAUUGAAAUAUUAAAAAAAUUUAAUCCGCGUUACAAAUUACCAUCUCGACAUUAUAUUAGUUCGUAUGUUGUAAAAUUAUUUCAAAAUCAACAAAAAGAUUUAAAUGAAGAUCUACAAAAAAUUUCUAAUAGGUUUUUACUAGAUAUAAUUCCUUUUAACGAAUCACAUACAGGUGCAAAUAUUGCAAAAACAUUAAUGACUUUAUUAAAAGAAUAUAAUUUAACAACAAAAAUUAUAUCAUUAACAACUGAUAAUCAUACCGUUAUGGUUGCUUGUACCUGUCAGCUAUCUAGUGAAUUAGCUAAUUUUGGUAAUUUUUUGUUUUCACAUCAGCGAUGCGAAGCACAUAUACUAAAUUUAGCUGUACAAUAUAGUCUUCAAGUACAUAGUGAAGUAAUUGAAAAGGUUCGAAUUUUUAUGAAAAAAGUUAAAAAAUCUAAUUUAUUAAUAGCAAGUUGGUGCAGAUUAUUUGAAUUAGACAGAUUUCUAUAUUUGGGUCUAGAAAUAGAUACGGAAAUACGUUGGAACUCAACAUAUUUAAUGUUAAUUAAAUUUUUAAAAAUUCGAAUACAAGUAAAUAUGCUUAUUGCUCAAAAUUCUGAUGAUUUUAAUGAUUUAAUUUUUACAAAUAACAAUUGGGCUAAUAUAUAUGAAUUAAUUCCAAUUUUGAAACCCAUGUAUUCAGUGACUUUGUCUCUUUCUUCUUCAUCAUUUUCAACAAUCGGAGACUUCUAUUUUACUUUUUGGACCUUAAAACAAAAAUUAGAAUACGAAAUUAUUAAUAAUAUGACACAAUAUAUUAUGGCUGAUUUGAUAUGUCAUAAAUUCAAUGAAUAUUAUCUAAAUAUUAAUGAUACUAUUAAAAUCACAACUAUAUUAGAUCCUCAUGUUAAGUGUUCAGUUUAUGAAUUUGGUGAUGAAACUAAUAAUGCAAUAUUUUUAUUAUGUAGUAAAAUGAUUUAUUAUUCAACUACUACUACACAAAAUACACUAAACCAAACAGAAUUAUCACUAGAAAGUAUAUUAUUUAAUCAAAGUAAUGCUCGUACCUAUUUAAGAAAUCUUGCAAAUCAAUUCUGCCUAACUAUACCUACCCAACCUAAUAUUAACAAUGAAUUAGAAAGAUAUCUUGCUAUUCCUAUUGAUGAAAAUUGUAAUCUAUUAGAGUGGUUAGAUUCUAAAACUGCACGAGCGUUAUUAUGUCUAAAGAGUUGGAUUAGUGAAAAAAUUGGUGAAAAUAUUAAUAAUGUCAACAUAGAAGAUAUUGAUGAUAUUGAUUAUGAAAUGGAUU